ACCGGGCUGCCACUGCAGCAGCUCUGGUCGCCUUUCUUGGAUCAUCCGCUCGCAGCUGGGAGAAACGAUGUUCACCGUGCUGACCCGCCAACCUUGUGAGCAAGCAGGCCUCAAGGCUCUCUCCCGCACCCCAGCCAUCAUUGCCCUGGUGGUCUUGGUUCUGAGCGUUGUGGUGCUCGUGGCCAUCACACUCAUCCAGAUGCACCAGAAGGAGGUCCUCCUUCCAGGACUGAAGUAUGGAAUUGUGCUCGAUGCCGGGUCUUCCAGAACCACAGUCUACGUGUAUCAGUGGCCAGCAGAAAAGGAGAAUAAUACCGGAGUGGUCAGCCAAACCUGCAAAUGUAGUGUGAAAGGCUCUGGGAUCUCCAGCUAUGGGCAAAACCCCCAGGAGGCCCCCAGAGCCUUUGAGGAUUGCAUGCAGAGGGUGAAGGAGCAGAUUCCAGCCCACCUGCACGGAUCCACGCACAUUUACCUGGGCGCCACGGCCGGCAUGCGCCUGCUCAGGUUGCAAAAUGAAACAGCAGCUAAUGAAGUCCUUGCAAGCAUCCAAAACUACUUCAAGUCCCAGCCCUUUGAUUUUAGGGGUGCUCAAAUCAUUUCUGGGCAAGAGGAAGGGAUAUAUGGAUGGAUUACAGCCAACUAUUUAAUGGGCAAUUUCCUGGAGAAAGACCUGUGGCACAUGUGGGUGCAUCCGCACGGAGUGGAGACCACAGGUGCCUUGGAUUUAGGCGGUGCCUCCACCCAAAUAUCCUUCGCGGUGGGAGAGAAGGUGGAGCUGAACAGCAGUGACAUCAUGAAGGUGUCCCUGUAUGGCUACGUGUACACACUCUACACACGCAGCUUCCAGUGCUACGGCCGGAACGAGGCGGAGAAGAGGUUUCUGGCGAUACUCCUUCAGAAUUCCACCUCUGAGACCAAUGUCACCAACCCCUGUUACCCUCGGAAUUAUGUCACCACCUUCACCGAGGGCCACCUCUUUGACAGCCUGUGCACGGAGGAUCUGAGGCCUAGAGGUUACAACCCCGAUCACACCAUCACUUUUGAAGGAAGCGGAGACCCGUCGCUGUGUAGGGCACAGGUGGCUUCCCUCUUCGCCUUCAAAGCCUGCCAUGAGCGAGAAGUCUGCUGCUUUGACGGGGUUUAUCAGCCGAAAGUUAAAGGAUCUUUUGUGGCGUUCGCGGGCUUCUUCUACACAGCCAGCGCCUUGAACCUCUCCGGCAGCUUCUCCCUGGACACCUUCGACUCCAGCGCCUGGGACUUCUGCUCACAGAACUGGAGUCAGCUCCCGCUGCUGCUGCCCCGGUUCGACGAGGUGUACGCCCGCUCCUACUGCUUCUCGGCCCACUACAUCUACCACCUGCUCGUGAGUGGGUACAAGUUCACCGAGGACACCUGGCCCCAAAUACAUUUUCAAAAAGAGGUGGAAAAUAGCAGCAUAGCCUGGUCUCUUGGCUACAUGCUCACCCUGACCAACCAGAUCCCAGCGGAAGUCCCCCUGAUCCGCCUACCCAUGAAGCCACCUACCUUUAUGAGCACCCUUGCCUUCUUCACGGGAGUGGCCUUGCUGUGCCUGGCAUUCCUGGUGUACCUGUAUGCGUCGUCCAGGAAUCAGAGGCGCUCCCAGCAUGCCUUGGACCACGCGGUGGAUUCCGAGUGAGCCUCACGAAGCAGCUGCUGGAGUCCGAGGGCUGCCACGGUCCAGCCUGGGUGGCAUCAGACUCUGCAAGUGAAAUGCCCGUCUGUGGGAAACAGCUAAAGUCAGAUACUUAGGACGUGUGCCGCUCAGGUACUGAUUUAUGCCAAAGCACCUCUUGGGGAGUCCCUCAACUGUUCUGUGCACACCGCUCCUCCAGAGACCCACCGCCCAGUUGCUGACCACGGGGAACAGAGGAGAGACAGGCCAGCAAGGCCGACUGUUUACCCCAGUGCCCCAGAGGGAGAGGACGCUGAGAAUAUGAUAGUUUAGUGCUGAAGAAUUGACCUCAGGGCUCAUUUUGUACCCGCCCUCCCCCAGAAAUGCUGUAUUCCUGGCAGGUUUGGAAGCUGGCAGACGCCCACUAAGCAUUUGCCCAAUCAGAUAUCUUAUUUCGUGGCUUCCUCCCAUUGGUCCUUAACUGAGACUUUCCUUUAGUGACCCCAUAAACAUUGAACUCCCUCAGAUUAGUAGAAUAUAUUAUUUGGGGGAGAAGCCUCCUUUGCGCCCAAGGGCAGUGGCCACAGCCAACUUCUGUCACUAUGGCAGACCCUGAAGGACAGACACGCAGCACGUCUCCCAGAAAACUUCUGACCAUUUCCCAAGUGGGAUUCCCGCUCAAGGCUCUGGUCACUAGAUUGCAGCUGGUGUGUGUACCAUUCCCUCACCUCCGCUCACAUUGCUCUUGUCAUCCUAUGAAACAUGUACUCCUAACAAGGGUAUCGCGCUCCAGAUCUUUUUGCCUUUGCUAGGCUUUUGUUUUGGGCUGUCUUUCUAGAAAUUGUUAGCAUGGUGUGUACACGGUGUUCACCAUUCCCACAGGUAUACUUGAUGCUGUCACAAGACAUCCUAUUCUGUGAUUUGCUUGCCAAUUACUUUCCUAGACAGUAGACCUCGCUGCAUAGUAGCCAUAGUUCUUGACUUUGGGGAAAGAAAAGGAAGCUGCAGGGACAUUUAACUCCAGAAUGGGAUGGGAGAGAACUCCAGCAUGUCCAAUGGCUACGAAUGGAAAACCAACAUUAUUUCAGAUUGUUGUUUGGUAGCUCAAUGUGGA